AGACCUUUGUUUGGGAAGUUCUAAGUUUAUGCACAAAUAAAAUCAUUCCUACGCGAAGCGAUGAUUUAAUCGUAUGCAGAGCGCUCUUAACUCCCGCCAAUUUUCAAAACCCUAAAAUUAAAUAUCAGCAAUCCCAAUCCGCUGAAUCAAUAGUGUAGUAAACUGGAAAAACAAAAUGCAGAUAAAGUUAAAAUGCAAUUGCAGCAAAGAAGAUUGUAUGGAAUGGGCAAUACUGGAGCUCCAGGGCACCAUUGAUGUGCAGCUUGCCUUUCGAAAUAAGCUGCAAAAUCUGCAGAUUGGAUCCCUGUGUCGAUCCUCUAAACAGGACAACUAUUUCUUCACAGUUGGAUAUCAUGAACUCGAGGGAAAGAAAGUUCCUUUAAAAAAACCAUUACUGGUUCUUAGAAAACAAAAAGAAGUUGAUAUGAGAGAUGUGGAUGCUAACUUCAACAUUCCUGAAGUGAAGCGUUCAAUAGUAGAAUAUGAAGUUAUAGGCAUCAUUAAACAGAAGAUUCUCUUCAAGACAAGGCCGAAGGCACUCAUCUCGAAGCCUGAAGUUAAGGAGAAAAAGAUCACACCGUUGGAUGCAUCAGCUAGUUAACUCCCGCAAAGGGAAAAAUAAAGCAGGUUGGGGUUUGCUACAGUAUGAAGGUUGAUGUAUGGCUUUUUAAGUUUCGCUUUAUCUACUUCUCUGAUUGAGACAAGGUAUGAUUCGGGACAGAACUUCAGCUUUGGGCUUGCUCAAAUAGGGUUAGACCCACAUUUUCUGUAAUAUUCCAGUAUGGGUCAUCCAUUUAAAUUACAAUCUAUAUUAGGAUCACUAAGAUGAAUGUUAGGGAAAAUUAUUCUUUUUAAAAAUAUUUUCCAUUAUUGAACUGCCCUACUAUCAGCAACGAGCAUUUUAAUGGGACAAGACAAAUGAUAUUUUCCUUUAUUGUUCCUGAUGUCGGACAUAUUUGCAAGGGGAUGCAACUGGAGAUGCAACAAAUCUGUAACA